GCAGUGACUCGGCCAGGCCUCCCCGGGUCCAUCGCCCACGAGCCCCAUCUGCAGGGUAUCCCCCAGACACAAACAACCAAAGGUGUGGAGGCCCCGUCACAUCCCGAGGAGCCAAGUGACCUGGAAGAGCUCGAACAGUUCGCUCGAACCUUUAAGCAGCGGCGCAUCAAGCUUGGGUUUACCCAGGGAGACGUUGGCCUGGCCAUGGGGAAGCUGUAUGGGAACGAUUUCAGUCAGACGACCAUCUCCCGUUUUGAAGCGCUGAACCUGAGCUUUAAGAACAUGUGCAAACUCAAGCCACUGCUGGAGAAAUGGCUGAAUGAUGCAGAAAACCUGUCUGCAGACGCCACCCUGCCAAGUCCGAACGCGAUGAGCAGCCCACCCAUUGGCAUCGAGGGGAUGGGAGGACGCAAGAGGAAGAAGCGAACGAGCAUCGAGACAAAUGUCCGCGUGGCCUUAGAGAAAAGCUUCCUCGCUGUAAGCAUUGACCAAAACCCCACCGAGACACAGGGG